CAUACGUUGUGGCGGUUCGCCGAUAUAUCAAUGUUUUGUUUCAAAUGUAAUUGUUUAAUCAUAGCCUACAAGCCGAGCAGAUUUGGACAUAAAGCCUGGUAAAGAAAAUAUUUUGUUUCAAUAUAUUUCCGUGCCGAGCGCUUACAAAAUUCCGCCUGCUGAAGUUAACACGGGUUAUGCUGAGAAAUCGGUUUGGAAACUGUAGCACUCCGUUCUCCAUGUUGGUUUCAUUUUCUCAACCAACUUUGCUUGGGGAACGCUUUCUACUUCGGAGCCUCAAUGGAAGCUGUUUCAGGUUAAUGCACAGUGAGAGCUCGCUGUUACGAUUGGGUAACGGUUAUGUUCAACGGCGUAUUUCCCAACCUACAGGUUUAGACAGACCGCUUUAUGUUCCAAUCGUCGGAGAAAAGGCGUGACUGUUGAAAAUCUUCAGCGAAUAGUGAAAUAUGGGCGGGCAUGGAGUAGCUGGUUGAAGUCCUGUACGAAGGUUGGCUGCAGCGUGUGUUUAUUGAUGAGAUGAAAGAAGAUGGAAGUGAGAAAUGAAACAAAGUAAGGGAAAAUAUUGAAAAACGCAAAAUCUUGCCGGUGGAAAAAGUGGAGAGGCUGUGAAUCGCAGUUGCCACGAGGGCACGAGAAGGAUAAGAGAACAGAAGAUCAAGAGACAUCACACUGGAAAAUGCAGACUGUGAGAAUCCAUCUGCAGACGUGACUGUAAACUGGAAUGAGCCAGAAGCAAGGAAAUGCAGUGUGGAGAAAAGCUUCCAUGCUCUUGGAAUGGUGGGUGUACUGGAGGAGGUGGUGAUUCAAACCCGAAAGUCAAGAAGGCGCUCAUAAACAGGGUCACAUCUGCAUGCAAGGAAACCAGCUGAUGAAAGACAUUUGGUAUCUACAGAGAAGAAGGAGAUUUUUCACCAUGGCCAAUUUUUUCAGACAAAGCUGGUCCAUUACCACCAUCACCUAUUAGCUUUCCCAGAACUGUAUCACCAGCCUUACAAACCCAUACCUUACCUGACCGUUACAUCAGUUGCAAGGGGAUGACCGAGCGCAUUCACAACAUCAAUCUCCACAACUUCAGCAAUUCUGUACUUGAGACCCUCAAUGAGCAGCGCAACCGCGGGCACUUCUGUGACGUGACUGUUCGGAUCCAUGGAAGCAUGCUUCGAGCCCACCGCUGCGUGCUGGCUGCCGGGAGCCCCUUCUUCCAGGACAAGCUGCUCCUGGGCUACAGUGACAUUGAGAUCCCCUCAGUGGUCUCGGUGCAGUCCAUUCAGAAGCUGAUCGACUUCAUGUACAGCGGAGUGCUGCGGGUGUCCCAGUCCGAAGCUCUGCAGAUCCUCACAGCCGCCAGCAUCCUGCAGAUCAAGACCGUGAUCGACGAAUGCACUCGAAUCGUCUCACAGAACGUGGGACUGGGCGGGGCCGGCGGCUUGCCUUUUAUUCCUGGGGACUCCGGGCAGGACACGCCUCGAGGUACCCCGGAGUCGGGGACCUCCGGCCCCAGCAGCGAUGCGGAGUCUGGCUACAUGCAGCCGUCCUCGCAGCAGAGCUUGGAGCGCGUGUACACAUCGCUUUAUUCCUGCUCCAAUCUCUCGCUGCAGAACGGCACCAGGGAACGCUCCUACUACGGAGGCGCAAUCGUGGGCGGCUUCGACUCGGCCCUCUCUGUACAAAAAGACCAGCAAGACCCCACGUGGAUCACUCGCAUUCACGAACGGACGCAGGAGUUGGAGCACUUUCUCGGCGCCCAAGAGACGACUCAUUGCCGAAAACAGCCCCGGCCCGUGCGCAUUCAGACGGGCGGGAUGCAGAUAAAGCAGGAAGCGGAAGACUACGACUACGGCUGCUACAACCAGGAGCGCAGCGAGUUUGAGGAAUGCGCAGAGGACACGGAUCAGGCUGAGGGUACGGAGAGUGAGCCCAAGGGAGAGAGCUUCGACUCGGGCGUGAGCUCGUCCAUCGGUACUGAGCCUGACUCUGUAGAGCACCAGUACCUGGUGGGAUUCGGGCGGGAAGGGAGUGGAGAGGGGAUGCAGGGCGAUGAACCCCCGUUACAGAUAGAAGUCAAUGAUUCCUCUCCUGAACAGAUGACCGAUGCUGAGGACAGAGCCACAUCCCAGAGUACAGAUGAUCUUAGCAUGUCACAACCCCCAGCAAACCACAUUGUAUCGCCUUCAAUAUCCAGUGCCCAUCUCUACCUGCGUCAGCCAGAUGCACUCACCAGCAACCUGAGGAUGCCCCUCACUCUGACCAGCAACACACAGGUCAUGGGCACUGCUGGAAACACCUACUUGCCCACCCUCUUUGCCACACAAUCCGCUAGCAGCAACAAGCCCUUCCUGUUCAGUCUACCGCAGUCUAUGGGGACCCAGCAACCGCAGUUUUUGGCCGUUCCACCUCCCAGCAUGCCUUCCUUCACCAACCAGCUGUCAGCCCAGCAGCCUUCGGCCCAGCAGCAGACCACCGGGGGCAUGGGACCGGGUGAGAAGAAGCCCUACGAGUGCACGCUGUGCAGCAAAACCUUUACUGCCAAACAGAACUACGUGAAACACAUGUUCGUGCACACUGGUGAGAAACCACACCAGUGCAGCAUCUGCUGGCGUUCUUUUUCCCUGAAGGAUUACCUUAUAAAACACAUGGUGACACACACAGGGGUACGUGCGUACCAGUGCAGCAUCUGCAACAAGCGUUUCACCCAGAAGAGCUCGCUAAACGUCCACAUGCGCCUGCACCGCGGGGAGAAGUCUUACGAGUGCUACGUCUGCAAGAAGAAGUUUUCCCACAAGACCCUGCUGGAGAGACACAUGGCCCUGCACAGUUCAAGUGGCACUGGCGUUACAGUUGUCACUGGUGGAGGGUCAGGAGGCCCGGUGUCCAUCCCAGUGCCCAUGGCUGUUCCUGAACCUGGAGUAGGAACGGUUGCCCUGGCGAUGCCUGCGAGCAGUGGAGCCGGAGCAGGGGGCGGGGCUGGAAUUGGCAUGGGAGUGGGCGUGGCCACUGAAGCAGGCUGCCAGGAGGGGACCACCUACGUGUGUUCUGUCUGCCCGGCCAAGUUCGACCAAAUUCAGCACUUCAACGACCACAUGCGUAUGCAUGUCUCGGAUGGAUAAGUACAACAAAAAGAAAAGAAAAAUGGCACUAAAAAUUUUUUUUUCUUUUUUGGGGGCAUGAAGAGUAAUGAGUAUAGACACUGGCACAUUAAGUUUCCCAUACAGGAUGGUAUUCUCUUUUGGUAUUCUUAAAGAAAAAUAUGAUGGUGGCCUUAAGGCUAUGUAGUUAGACAAUGGUCCACUGGCUGGAUCUUCACUACAGGCCUCUAAAUGUAUGCUUUCCUCAAAUACUGAUUUAUAUGUUGAACACUACCAAAAGGCCUACUGUCUCUAGAAAAGAAAAGAAAAAAACAUACACACAAGCAUACGCACACAACAUAUAUACAUUUAUAAAAUGUAGAUUUUUCCCAUAUGUACCGUUUUGGACAAUGUAAGAGUCCAAGAUUACUGUGGUGUAAUGGCCUCUUUCAAAAAGGAUAAAGUAUCUUUGAGCUUUUGUUUCAUUCUAAAAGAGUAAUGAUGGUCACAAGUUUGCCUUUUUAUAUUGGAUAGGAAGAUGAGAGUUAUUCAUGUGAAACUUUAGAUAAUUGUUUAUUAUCGUGAUUACAAUGCAGCUGUUGUUGUUCAUAAAAUUUCAAAAUAGCGAUUAUGACUUCCUACAAGUGGGUAAAGCUUAUGAAAUAGGCAUUUGUGUUUCCAGCAGUAUUUGAGCAACAAAGUAAAAUAGUAAAGGGUUUUUUUUUUCAAAUUUGCGUACACUGCCACUAUUAUCUUAGGAGACUGUUAAGGCAAUUUGACCUCUUCCACUUAGAAAAUGUGAGCUUAAACAGUGUAGAAGACUCCUUUUGAAAUAACCGAUCCUUUUAGUUUUUGCCUUUAAAGUUUCCAGUUUUGGCAGCAUUAGAAUUGUACGUGCUGCAUAGCCUGCCCUCUAAUUUGAUUGCUGCUCCUUUUCACAUUGCUUCAGACUGUUAUCAGCUGCUGUUUCCCUCCACCUUUUUAAAUAAUCUUUUUUAUAAUUAUUGAAAAGGCUUACCAAUAAUGAAUAUCACAGUUGUGGAUUUAAUUUGAACAUAAUUAUAGUGUUCAUUUUCAAUUGUCACAACCUCUUAUGGCCUUGUUCCUAUGUAUUUCCUUUUAGACAGACCAUGACUCAGCUGUUUGAGCAGCAAAAAUGCACUACUUUGAUAUAUUAGCCCCAUCUUGUGGAUUAAAUAGGACUUUUUUCUAUUUAGGAGUUACAGGCAUUAUGAGAUUCAUGAGGCAAACUAAACCACAGAAUAAGUUUACCAGAUCACUUAUUACCACAGCUGUCAAUAUACCACAAACUUUCAGAUGGAUAUUGUACAUUCCUGAUUCCACAAUUUAAAAUAGAUAUCCGGUGUGCAUGAUACAUUUCUGAAUAGGUAACAUAUUAUAUUUCUGUGUCUCAUAUUAUUGGCUUGUUGCACAUUAUUGGGACUAUGAAACAACUGUUUUGAUAAACACAACUGCAAUCUGAAGAUUUUGCUUUUUUAUGUGUAGUGGACAUCGGUUGUAGCAUAUAGCAAAACCCAAUAGACCACGUUCAGUGGGGUGUUCCCUCAUUGGAUACAGUCUAAAAUAGUGAUGGGCACAGUGAGAUUUCAUGCAACCAUUUUGCUGUCAGUGAUUCACUGGUUUGAACGAAUUGUUUGCUGCAGAGAGAAUAAACAAUAGAUUUGUUCAAGGAAAUCAGUGAUUGGCAGCUUAUAGCUCCGCCGAUUAGGGGUUCAUGAAACCUGACUCCCCAUCACUUCUGUAAUAUAUUAGUAGUAGACUAAGGCCCAUGUUCAGUCUCGCCAUUGUGUGUACAUAUAUGUAUGUGUACAUAUAUAUGUAUGUAUACAACUUCUGUGUACAUGUGAUUGUGGACAAUACAGGAAAGUACAACUUGUUUCUUCAUCUGCAAACAUAUGUGAACCACAGUCGCUGUAUAUGCGUGCAAGUGCAUUUGUAUGUGAGUGUUUGUGUGUGUCUGUGUAUAUUAUGGUGUGUGUAAAUGAAGAACCGAGUUCUAUUUUCCAGUAUUGCGUGCAACAUCAUGAAUACAUAAGUUACAGAAAUCACAAAUAUGUUGCAUUAGCAAUGUAAAGGUAGCUAAAACUUCAUUUGAUUAUUCAAAGAUUAGGACAAACUAUAUUGCACAUUGCUAUUAGACUGAAUGAAGGCCAAGGUUGAACACUAAAAUAGUGCUAUUUUGCACAUAAUACUUAAGACAAUUUAUUAUAUGGUUAUCUUUAUAAAGGAAAUGUCUUUCCUUAAAGCUUGAGAAGAGGACUGCAUUGUUUUCUUGCAUAUAUGUUGCACUGCUUAAACCAAUAAGUGCACUACUGUUACCAGAGUUAUUAUAGUUUUAGAGAAUGUUUUUUUUUUUUUUAUCUAUUAAGAUUUAGAGUUCACUUUGUGUUAGACUAGUUUUGUUUUUUAUAAUGUAAUUCAAUGUUUCUUAGCUUUUAUCAUAUCUUGCUAUAUAUGUAUUGACUUGUGCAGUGUUUGUGCAAGCAUUUAUUUAAAUCCGAACCAUUGUGUGAGGUUCUUUCCACUGUCAUUCUUUUUUUUUUUUUUAAGUCAUGUCCUUCAAACGGCAGUUAUUUCAGUGCACAAAGUAGGACAAAUGUUGUUUUUCAUAUAGAAGCAUUCAUACCAAACAAAUGAAAAGAAAAGCAAAAAAAAUCCUUGUAGUGUGCUUGGGCAUAGCUGCUGAUUUUAAUGGUUUAUGGUAGGCUUUUCUUCUGGUACAUGUCUUUCUUUCAUUUUUUGCAUACUUAGAUAUCUGAAAAAUCUGUGUGUUUUUGACAUGAUCCAUUUGUACUUGUCCCAAGUCAAGUUGUGACACCUGAACUGUUGGGCUUCCUUUGCAAUACACAAUGCAGGUACUGAAUGAAUACAGCAGUUUCUACAGUAUAGUACGUAGUCUUCAUCGCCUUCUCCUUUAGAGAAUAUUUUUAAUAGCCAUUUUAUUCCAAUUCAUCUGAAAACCUAUAAGUGAGUGUUCCUUUUGAAAUAAUAAGAAAAUGGCUCACAUUUGGAAAAUGGUUGCUUUUUUAAUUUUUUUAGUUAUUCAGAGUACUUCUGAAUUCCUAUGGCUACUAAAAAGGAUAGCCGUUUGUUUUCGACUUGGACCCAUUUUUAUGAUUCUACUCCCACCAUGCAGGUCGGUAAUGAUAAUCAUUUUGUCAUGUCUUUCUUGGUUUCGGUCACCCUGUGAACCCACUCUGCUUUGCAAUGCAGUCCAAUAGGGCCACACAGACAUAAGAAUAGAAAUUCAGCCAUGUUCAACAAUGCGGUAGGCAAAUGUAAUGAACAACUCUACCAACACUUUGCCCGUGCGCAUGAAUACAGUCUGCCACAGUACAAGUGAGGAAAUGUUUCUACAAUGUAAAAAUUGAAAAUGAGCAUUAUUACCACAUUAAAAACACAUUUCAAGGCUUGUUGGCAUAGCCCCAUUGGACUGCAUUGAGUGGAGUGGUCCUUGGGGUGACAAAAGCUCCACAAAAAAAGAUGUGACAAAAGUAUUAUCAAUUCCAGUCAGUAUGUUGGAAAUAGUUUGGAAAAAUGGGUCCAAGAAAAAAACAAACAAAAAAAAAGAGCUGUCCUUUAAAGAAAGCUACUGUAUGAGCUGUGAGUUAUCAAUGCUGACUGGAUGGUGCUGUCAGUUAAGGCAGUAUUUUGGUCUAUUUUUCUGAGUACUGUUAAAUACUUCAAAUGGAAAAGGGGAAAAUGUCCACAACUUUGUCCAAAACUACAAUUUUGAGGCUCUGUGUUCUAGCCAGUUUAGAGGACUUGAAAAUCCACAUCUCCGGCCUUUGUAUUGCACAUGUUAGGGGCUUUAUAUUAGACAUAUCAGUCAGAAAACAAUCAGACCGAUUUUCCAAUGUUGAACAAUGUUUGUGAUUAUGUUUGACUAAAUUCUUCAGUAAUUGAGCUGGUUGCCAUUUUAAUAAUUGUCGUCAGUAGGACUCCUGGGGCUGGUUUGUAUAUAUCCAAAUACAAAGUUUUAUUUAACUAUCCGAUGUCGGUAGCAGAAUAUCCAGCUCUGUAUCCCCGUAGUCAAGUGCUGAGAGGGUUUUGAAUGCAUUACUGAUGCCAAAAUAAGGAUUGCUAGAACCGUACUGGUAGAGUCAAAUCAUUCCCAGCACAUUAAUAUGAUGGUGGCAUUUCUCAAUGCUGUACACCUCCCACAUUCCAUCAAAACCAAUUGUUUCUUCAAAAUCGUUCACAUCAGUGCCCAAGAAGAUAUAGUACUAAUGUAAUCAAUUAAUGAGUAAAUAUUGAGCAGUAAUCUAAAAUGAAAUGUUUUAUGUUAAGUUCAACUGUAAUAUCCAUUUUUUAUUUUUUCCUCUUGUUGGAGGGAGGGGGAUAUUUAGUUUUAACCUACUUAAAAUAUGUUAUUAUAGAGCCUUUUUACAAUUGCUGAAGUUGUGUGAGAAAAAGAAGACUACAUUGGACUGAUAUCCAGUUUCUACACUUUGGUUGCUUGAACAAGCUACUUAAAUGAACAUCUUGACUUGUCAUGUAGUAGAGGUAGAGACCUUUGGGUUGUUCAAGUCUGGGUUUAAUGCAGUGCUGGAUACCGUCUAGUUUUUAAGUAAUGGCAAGCUGAGAUUGGAUGAUUGGCCUGUUAUCAUCACGUAUUAUGUCCUUAUGUUCAUAAGCACGCUACAAUUAGUUAAUUUCGUAAUGUGUAACUCAAAACUUAUAACACAUUUUCUCUGCUCAUUGUUGGUUCUUGCAUAAAGGCCCUGUGUCUUAUUCAAACAGUAAUAUGAAAUGACAAUUGAUGUGAAGUGUGUUAAUGAGAAAAACCUGGCAGAUUAUAACUAUACUUCGGCAACAGGCACUUGGAAAACCAUUUCAUAUUUACUGGUUAUAACGUGUGAUUUAAUACAUCUUAUUUGGAAAUAUGGUUAUUCAUACAGUAUGGAUCCAGCCCCUGGUCUUUAAAGUACGCUAUCAUGCAUUGUGUCAAGUGAUCAGAUUUUUGACUAUGGUUUUAAUGUAUUAAGGUGUCUGCUGCUCAGUGCUCUGGGCCAAAAAGCCCAACAACUUAUACAAGAGACUAGACAUAAACGUAUUAUAAGUAGUUUAUUUACCCUGUGCUGUUCAGAAUUUAAAUAAUUGUGCCUGUGUAGUAACAUUCAUUUAUUUGUAGAUAAAAUGCUCAAUAGAGCAUUGCAAGGAACAAAAAGAAAAACAUAGGCCAUAAUAAUCAGAUAAAAAUAUCUUAUGUAAAAAGGUUAAAGAUAAUUGCCCCUUCCUUCUCUGUCAGUUUGUUACUGCUGGUAGAAAGUCUUAAAAAUUAAGAGAGAUUGACAAAACUGUUGGCAAAUUAAUGCAAUCACAAAUUAUAUUGUGUGUAAAUACUGUAGUUAUUUAGGUCAGAAGCAUAAAUGUGUGGUUUUCUCUGAAACAGAACAUGCAGCCAGUGCCUCAAUAUAAAAGACAUUAAUCCUGGUUAAUGGUUAUAGUUUUUGAAUGAUAGAAAUUGUUAUUAAAAAAAUUGUAAUUUUCAUUUUUUUUUAAAUUAAGCAUCAUUUGAUAAACAAAAGCUUUAAUUUAAUGCUUGCCAUUUCCCUUAAAACUUGGCAGAUAUGCUUUCCAAAUUAAUAUGACUGAUCAAAAUAUAAACAUUAAUGUGCAUUAGGAGCUGCCUUCAUUUCUUCCUUGAACCUGCUGUAUACCAUUGAUACUGAUAUAUGUGCAGUGUUAAUUCAACACUAACUGUGUUUAGAGUCCAAAUGUGUUUAAGUGUAUUCUAUCAGAGUAUAAUCAGAGUUUAUUUAACACUGAAAAUCUUGCUGUGUAUAGAUAGCACAUAAUAUCUUAUUUUUCAGAAUAAUCUUUAAUCAAUAAUUAUUUACAAAACACAUGAUGUGUUGGUAUCAAUUGUAGUGAAUUUAUAAAAGGAGUCUUUGUACAUUUUUGGCAGUGUUGCACACAAAGAAUUGUUAACAAGCCAGUUUGUAUGAAGCCUUGCAGAAUGGCAUUAUACCAUUUUUUUAAAAUGUAGGAAUAAUAAAAUCAUAGAAGGAUAUUUUAUGAUAGUUAUCAUUCAUUCUUGGCUAAAGAAGUAAAAUAGCAUUUAGGGUAGUUUUUUUUUUUUACUGUUGCCUAUCGUCGUUGCUGAGUUAAAUCACUGAUAUAGCUAUGAACUUGCCAGGGGGUCAUAAAUAAAAUGUUAUUACUAAGCAUCCCCCUCCACCCAAUUCCUCAUAAGUCUCUGCUGAACAUUUUCCCCACCAGACCAAUUUCCAUUUAAAUGAAUGUUUUGAUGUUUUUCCUUUAGCCUUAUGAAUGAAAAGUAAAAUUAUUGAUUAAAUUUGACAUAAAUCGUAUUACCAUUAGAGUUAUUACCAUUAGUGUCAUAGGUCAUAGGUUAAAUAAUUUUAUUACAUUUUAUUAUGAAUUUUAACACAAACUGUUAUGUGCAAAAACAACUGCCUUAGCAGCUGUAAGGCAUGUAUAGUUUCCCCAGACCAGUAUUGCAUUUACUGGAAAUAACUAAAUCAGUUUCUUAUUUUUUAACAUUGAGGCAAUUAAGAUUAAUGCCAAAAUACUGUACUUUACAUAAUCCAAUUCAUACUCUGUUCUGUUAGCUUGUCUGCAUUACAAUACUAUUCUAACAUCUUGCAGUUUCCAUAAUGUAUUUUAUCAGAGAUACCAUUGUGUUUGCAUUUGGAAACAUUUCUUUUAGCAAUGUUUUAUAGUAAGUUCAUUAUUAGACUGUGAUAUAUUACUUUCUUCGUAUUUACAGUAAAUUUUCAUAGUAUUACUUCAGCUUGUGAAACUCAAUACUUUAACCAACCUUACAGUACCUUCUCAUGCAUGUUAAUAUUUACAGAUGAUAUUACAGAAAAUAUAGGUACAUUAUUACAUUAUGCUCAAUUUGUGCAGUGCAUCUGAAUCAUUAUUAUUAUUUAUCUUUACUUUCACAGUUUUCAUUUACAUUUCAUUACUAUCAUUCUCUGCAUGCCAUUAGCGAGAAGGGGAGAACAGCCAUUGAGAAAGUCUCUGCAGUGCUCCAGUAGUAGAUUUUGCUUUGAAGGUAAUUGUCAAAAGUUACUGAAUAGACUUGAAUUUUUGGCAAAACUGGAAAUUAAAUAUAAAACACGUGCACAGUGUGCAAAGUUAAAAAUAUGGUCAAAACAAAUAAAGGUCUGUGCCCUGCAAAUGCUCUUGAGUUUAGUAGUAAAAGUUUUUUUUGCAUUAAAUGUAUCUAUGAACAGAACAGUGCACUAGAGCACAAUGGCCACAGCACCAGCAAGAACAGAUCUUUGUGCUGAAUUUAUUGUUUUGCUGAGAACACAGUCUUGCGUGCACACACACACACACACACACACACACACACUGCAUGCAGUUUGGGAAAAUUAGGUAACUACUUAUGCCUCAAGACAACCAUUAUAUACCGAUUAAGAUUUCACUCACCCAGACUUUUUAAACAACUGAUAUAAUAGGUUAGUAAUGAUUAAUGCAUUGAUAUGUUUGGGGGAAUAUAUUUUUGCUAAUUUUCCAAAUUACGUUUUCUUUCUAACAUGUGACUUGUAUUUUCUUUUAAUCAUGCUGGUAUAUAUUAUCCUUUUCAAACAGUCUAAUGUGAUCAUUUUCAUUUUUACAACUACACAUGGAACAGUACCAUAUUAUUCAUUAUUGCUACUCAACAUUAUGCUUUGCUUUAGUAAUACAUAAAUUCACAAUUAAUCCAGUAAAUGUCCUUUCUAUGUAUACAGGUAUUUUGCAAGACCAUUUUUACAGGCAAUGAUACUAGAGCUUUUUAUCCAUCACUCUUUAACAAAAGUGAGAGAAAGUGAUUCAAAUUUAGGACAAGUAGUGUGCCUUGAAGUGCCUAUUUGUACAUUAUAAAAGACCAUCUUCAUAGCAAUGCAGUAGUUUUCUACAGGACAACGAAAUAAGUUUUCCCUAUAUGCCCUAUCCAACUGCAUAAAGGUUUUAACUAUAUUUAAAUUUCAUUUAAAACUCCAGGUCUAUGUAAGUAUUGUGUAAUGUUGCCUGCAUAGCAGCAGUAAAUCUUCUAGUCACUAAAGUCUGCAAGAUUCGUAAUAGACACAGGAGACAAGAGCAGUUUUGUGCUCAAACACUGUAAGGACAAAAUUCAGAGAUCAUAACAACACUUCAGUACAAAGAAGCAUUAAUAACUGCUAUUGGUGUAACACCUGUUCCACUGCUGUGCCUGGAAUAUUACACAGCUGACUUCUGUUGGACAAUUGAAACAUCAUAUGUUGGCUAUACAGGACUAACCAGCCAACUAGCCAACUAUUUUUAGCCUUUAAAAAUAGAUAUUCCCUUUGCUUAUAGUGGAAUAGACAGCUACCUAUUCAUGAAUUAUCAUCCAGAGGAAAAAACAGGACAACGCUGCAACAAAUGGUUUGACCGUGUUGCUUUUUGAUAUGCCAAUCUGCAUUUGUAUUUUUAGUUUCAGCUUUGGAAGCCACACACUAUAAAGAUGGCCCAAUAACACCCUUGCUACUUUUCAAAAUGUAAAAUUUUGGAAAACUUAAAAAAAUAAUAUUUACGACAGCUGUGGAUGCCUUGCCGGCCUGCAGUCAAAAAUGAACACUUAUUACACUCAAAAGUAUCAUCUUGCUACAAACAAGAAAAUAAAAAACAGCAAUAAUAAAUUGGUAUUCGUGAAACACUGAGCAAAAAAUAUUUACAUAAACUAUAGUACACAUUUUAUCAAUUUAAAUUAAAAGUCUUUAUUUCCUUUUAUGUUUUGCUUUUACCUAGUCCUUCAUACAUCAUACACACACACACACACACACACACACAAAUACACACAACUAUCAUGUACAAAGAACAGUACUUUGUAUCACUUUUCCUGCAAUACCUUGUCUAUUUGUUAAAUAAAUAAAUAAAUAAAUAAAUAAAUAAAUAAAUAAAUAAAUAGGUAUAUGAUUCUUCAGGAGUUGUGAUACUAGGUGCCAGAAACAGUAGUUGUAUUAUACCCUGCUGCAUGUUUUUUUAAGAUGGUCAUUUUUUUUUCAUUUCCUCUUUAUGUGAAUUCACUUCAGUUCCUGCAUAAUUAUCUACAACUGUACUGUACUCUCAGUAUGUUUAUAAUAUUUCUUUUUCAAUAGACAUUUAGUGACAGUACACCUUCAACUAUGCCCAGCUAUUCAGCAACACUGUUUGACUGGUAUUAAUGUCUUAUAAAUUGACAUUUGCUUUGCAAUAUGUUUAAACCUUAAAGAUGAGUCCUUUCUGUGAGUGCCUAACAUCUAAGACACAAGUAAACACAUUUGAAACAUUGAUUCACAACACAGCCUGCAAAAGCAUUUGCCUGUCUGCAUAGUAUUGUCAAACUGGCUGUGGUACUUGUACAGUAUGCUAUUUAAGAACUAAACUGUAAUGAUAACUGCUAACACAUUGUGCACUUUGUGUGGAAUUACAGUGUUUGUGUGUGGCGUGUGUGCGUUUGAAGCUUCUUGUGUGUGGGGAGAGAAAAACAGUUUCGUAUUCAUAGCAAUAAUUUCUGGAUCCUUGUCCCCAAUGUCAUUGUUCCAUAUGUCUGACAUAUUGUGCUAUAGAUGUGCUAGAGGGAAUAAGAGAUACGCAUAUUGCCUUUUGAAAAUAUUUAUACCCAAUAAUGUAUUUACAUGGUGACAUUAUUUUGUGUCAUGUAAUACUGUCAAAUUGUUAGUUUAUACGUAUGAAAAUGCAUUUCUCAGUAUCUACAAUUUUCAGAUGUUUUAUUUGCAAAUAGUGCUUGUGCCUAUUGUCCAAUGUCAUUUUACUAUUCUGUUAAAUCAAUUGCAGAGCCUUCCCCCCUAAAACUAGGAUAUCUGUGUAUACUUCAUAAAUAUUUUUUUGACUGAUUUUGGCUCCUUUUUUGGGAAAAAAAUGUAUUUUGUCUUUUUCUUUGGGCACAUCUUGUUCUUGGAGAAAAAAUGUUGAUCUUUCACACAAGAUAUUUAGUCGUUCCAACAGCAAAAAGUGUCCCCAUGAGACAGAAAUCUGCUUCUUUUGUCAUUUUUUUCUAUUUUGUAUGCUUCCAAUAGAAUGUCAAAGGGAUUUUACUUUUGAGCAUUAAGAAGUUUAUAGUUAAAUUUAUAGUUCUGUGCAAAACACCAAUUCCCAUUUGAACAAAACUGGUUUUCAUACUGUACACAAUUUUCACUGAACAGAAAUUACAAAUGCAUCAAGUUCAGCUUUAAGUAGGCUAUCCAUCUUUAUAUAACUCAUUGUUAUAAUUUUUAUUCACACUCUGGUCUGAUGAUGUCAGUAUCAGAGGUUUCACAUAUAGCUCUAAACCAACUAAAGUGCAUUUCUGAAUCACUCAAAUUGAAUAUGUGUGAAAGUGCCCUUGAAACACAUUUUCCUAAACAAUGUAAAAGUCUGUUGAUGGUAAAAACGCUAAGCCCAUGACUUUUCUAUAUUCAAUUUGUAUGUGUGAAAGGCCAUUUCCUUUUUAGGCAAGUCACACAAGCUUUGUUAUUUGUGAAACUGUGAAUAAAUUCACUCUAUUGGAAACAGGUACGCUAUCAAAAGAUCCAUAGAGAGAGAAAUUGGAUUUUACAGGGCUAUAUUUUGUUAUAUUUUUAUAUAGAUUUUAAUUCUAUUGUGUCAUCUUCUAAAUAUUUAUAUCUAUUGACUGAAAAUAUCCUAUCGUCUUAAAAAAUGUUUUGAAGCAACUUUGAUAGAUUAGAACAAAAUUAAAACCUAUAAUUCUGAAGAAAAAAAACAAGAAAGACAUGUUAUGGGCCAUUGGUUUUGACAGUUGAUUUUGCAAAAUACUUAAGUGUUUUUUUAUUUUAUUAUUUCUCCUGUGGUAUUUAUACUGGUUCUCACACACAUACACAAAUACACUCACUCACACACACACACACACACACACACACACAUUAGGCCAUCAUACCUACAUUUGUGUUUCACAUAGUUUGUAAAAAGAGAAAGAGCUAAAGGUACUGAAACCAGGUGCCUGCUGUACAUGUGCUCAUUAAGAAAUUAAAUCAAGAUCCAAAUAGUCUUAUUUCUUGUCAGCAUUCAAUUUUAGAUGUUACGUUUGAGUUUUAAUGAAAUAAAAUUGAACCCAAAGGAAUUAAGAAAAUAGUUGCUAUUACUAUUAUAACAGCCACAUUGCCUUGCUUUUUGUAGGAUUCAAUUUUGAAAUAUUGCAUAUGGAUCAUGCACAAAUAUUAUUCUGAACAAUACAUAUGCCAUUGAUAGACCCUGACCUGUGAAUACUCUUUUGCUUUUUUCAAAUUUCAAACCCCAUAAAGUAAUGGAAAAAAAAAGAAAUAAAAUGAAUUAUUGAAGGCUAAAAGAACUGACAGCCAGGUGUUGACACAACAAACCCAAAACCUGUAGCUUGCUUGUUAACAAGCUAUAACAGAACGCCUCAGUGAUUCUUUCUUUAUAUCAUGUUACAAAGCAAAUACUUCUGUUCAGAGGAAGAUCUCUUAUUUACUGUGUUUAAUACCUGGGGUGAGCACAUCAAGAUACUACAAUGGCUACAAAACACUUCGUAAAAUCUGUGGUUUGCUGAGCAUUUAAGCUGCGGAAUCUUUGCCGAUUAUCAAUAUACAGAGAAGGAAGAGUACAAUUAUCAAUGAGUUCAAAUAAGCUUGACAUAUAAGAAAAUUCUGCACAAACUUGUGAUUUAAAGAAUAACCUUAUCACAAAUUAAACAAAUAAAUAUUUUUCCUCCUAGCAUUGGUUAUUUGGCAAAUUGAUGGAAAAUGGAGCAAGUUCCGAAUUAUGUCAAGGUUAGAGAUGAUUUGUUUAACUUUUGUCUUGUGCAAUGCUACAUAGUGACAUGAAAGCUAAGCACACAAAGCAAAUAGUUUUUUGCUUAUUUGUGCAAUCAAAUGUUUUCGCUUAAAAUUUUAAAGAUGUACUAUAUACUAAUUAGCUGGAAUUAGAUAAAUAGUGUAGUUAAUUUUUUUACAAUACAAUUAUUGCACAGUAGAUAUCAGCACUCAUCACAAUUUAUUAAAAAGUAUUUGUAAGCUACUCUCCUCUACACUGUUCAAGUUAACAACAGUAACUUAGUGGUUCUUAAUAGAAAAUAGAAACCGCAGAAACCGCAUUGGGCUCAACAUUGGGCUCAACAUUUUAAUUUAUUUUGUUUUCUAAGUGUGUCAAAUAUCUAAUGUCAAGUUCAUCUUCACUUAUGGUGUAGCUCAUAGUACUGCAGGCCUGCCCUUCCCAGUGGCUGAAAAUCCACCUGGUGUAUGAUCGCAUUUCCCCCAGUUCAAAAUCGAUUUGUUAUAGUACCAAAAAGGUUCAAACACUACAGAUUUUCAGCCGUAGUUUGGUUAGAUUGCCUAGUCAAGCCUUCAUUCUUCACGCUGCAGCAUAAAUAGACUCAAACAGAGCUAUAAACAUAGACAGUCUGUUUUUAUUAGGCUAUUAUUAGCAUGACUGUCAUGUUUGCACCAGAUGCCUAUUUGCAGUUACACAUAUGCUCCAAGAUGUUAUAUACAUGUGUGACCGAAAUGGUAAAAAUGGAGCCUUUUUAUGUGCUCUGCAGAGUGAUGUUAUCAUGGCUUGGUUUAUCGUCAUCUCCUGUGGUAGUUUGCCUUUUCCUUAUAUCAGGACAUAAAAUCUUUAUAUUAAACUAGAAAAUGGGGUAUAUUGAUUAUAUGUAAAUAGAAAUGAAUCUCUCCUAACAUUUGUUUUAAGUGUUUGUGAAAAUGCCCAGAUUUUCUGAGUGGAGUUUCUUUCUAAACCUGAAAGCUUGUGUGAUUUCCAAAUCCAAAAUAAUUUCCUAGUUGAGUAGAAGUACUGCCUUCAUAGUUACCAUAUAUUUUAUUACAUUUAGUUUUAAUUGAAAUAUUCUUUGUGACAUGAAAUAAACAAAUGCUGCAAUAUGGGAGGCUAUUAAGAAACAUGGAAUUAGCUACUGAGUGGUGUGGAUCAUAUAUUCCACAUCGUCUGCUAAGUUAUCGAUUUAAAAUGUCAGAAUUAUAUCCCACCUAUUUCAAGAUCAUAAGCGACUACUACUGGCUAGAUGAAGACAUGUAUAAGAGGCUAGCUAUCAUGGGCUAUGAAUUCAAUUUAGCUUGAUAAUUUGCAAACACAGUUAAAUGGGAAAAUAAAAAAAUGACUAAAUGUAUAUAAUUUAUUAACAUGACAGCUGUAUGUCUGAUAUGGCAUGUCUAUUCUGGCUUUUCUAGUUAACUUCUGAUUUUUUUUUUUUUUUAACUUUUUUUUUUGCAAGUAGAAGAUACACUACACCAGCACAGAUAACACAGGAAACAGUUUUCUGUAAUGCCUUGGAAACAUUCCUUGUUUUUUUAAAGAUGUUUCCUCUAAAAUAUUGAGAUUUAAUUGCUUUAAAAGCACUUCUUUUUUUUACACUUGAUUGUACAAGGCGUGCGCGCACACACACACACACAUACACACACACACACACACACACAAAUCUUUAGUCAGAUGGUGACAAUUACCAGAAAGACUUUUAUCCCAGCAAUAACUGGUCUGCUUACAUACUGACUGGUAUCAUUAUGAUUCUGUUGCAUUGUUAAGAGUGAGGUGCUAACAAAUAAUCGCAUUAAUUUUAGACAGAGGUUUGAAGUUUUAAUUUAAUUCUGGUCUGAAAAUUAACUUAUUUUUCAGCUCCACUUUGGAUUUCAAAUUGAAAUAAAACAUUGUAACAGUGUUGUCAAAUACAUAAUUCUUCAUUUGUGCUAUUGGAACAUUAUACAAUUCUUUGAUUAGAAGAGGAGUGGCUUUGGCUGUACUAGGCCACAAGGUUAGCUGGGAAAACGAGAUCUAGUUUCACAAAUGUUUACGUCUCCAAGGCCAUACUAAAACAAACAAAAACACUCUGAAAGAUGCAAGCAUUCUUAUGAUCGGUUAUAUUCUUAUAAUCUUAAUGUAGUUUCUUGUUUCAUAAAGAAUACUUCCUAUUAUAUAGCUACACUGUGUAUACAUGUCUGUAUUCUGGAACAAAGAAAGCUUUUAAAAUUUCCACAUAAGCGAAAAAUCUGGAAGUCAGUUGCCUGACCAUGUAGAUAUUUAACCCCAGUGCAGUGAUGUAAUGCUUACGUGUAGUUAGAUUUUAAGUUUAUAUUACCAGACAAAACAAUGGAGGAGAUAAUUUAGCGUUGAAAUAUUUAAAUAUUAUGUGAGUGUUUAUGAAUCAUAAAAUGAAAGAUGUGUGACAGAAAUUAUGUGUUUUGAAUUAUGAGACAGAAAUACUGUGUUUUAUAUUUGGUUAUUUAAAUUGUAAUGAAAUAAGUACAAUAUGUAAAAUCAUUGGAGAGGUACCUGAAUUUGUAUCAUGAAUGUUUGUAUUUUAGAUGGACAAAAAAUGAACACUUCUACAUCCUAUGUGAAAAUAUUCAUAAGCACAGGCUUAACAGCUAUGCUUAUAAUACCUGUUGUAGACCAGAAUAUCUUUUGUUUUGUGUUAAACAGAAAUACAAAGGAAUUUGAGCAACUGUAAUACAGGACUAUAGGCAUUUUAUGAUAUGUUUUUAAAUGUAGCAUCAAUAUUUCCUAUUCUUUUUAAAGGUCAUAUUUCGAUUUUUCAACUAAAUAUGUCAUCUCUUCAGCAUUUAUACUCCUGCUAUACACAUGAAUUGUCCUGCACAUUUUAUUAAAAUAUGCUUUGUUAAUGGACAAUAGCACAUUAAGACAAUGAUAGCUUAAAUAUAUUUCUCGCUCAAUAAUUAAACACUGCAUUUCAGUGUACUGUUACAUUUUCCUGAAUGUUUCUUCAAAACUCAUAUUACAAAUGUUAUAAAUGUUCCCUGGGUAGACUCCCUAAAACAACUUCAUUUGAUUUCAUUAAGUCAUGCAGGUGUUGGUGAUGUGUAACUAUUGUUGGUGUGAAUAAACAGUAACAUAAACCUGAGAACUCACUGAAUUGGACCAAUCCAAGUGUAGAAUGCAAACUUGGAUUAUGCCAGAUUGUGCUGAAACUGCAUCCAUGAUACAAUAUUUACCAGUCACUCUAUACAAAAAUAUGGUGCCUGACUGCCUUGUUAUUAACAUGGUUAUUUUUCCCUGAAAUCUUCCACUGCUUCAAUGUUGCAGACUAAAGAAAGUUCACCAUUAGAACAUGUACAUACUUUUUGGUGUAGUUGUGUCAACCUUGCUAUUAUAAGGACCAAAUUCCCUGCUUAUAUGGUAGAACAUGUUUACUGUAGAAUUUGUUUUCCUUUUCGUACACCUUAAAUAAAAAAUAAUGAUUAGGGAUUUUCCAUAUAUUGUAGGCAGAAUUUAACCACUUUAUAAUUAGAUUUACAAGGAAAUAAUUGUUGGCGUUAUGAUGAAGUAGAGUUACAUUUAGAUUGUUGUUGCAUUUUUUUUUUUUUUGCACUAAAAUUGUUCUUAUGCCAUUUAUUGGUAAAUAUAAUAUGUUGACUGUUACCAAAAUCCCCCACUCGUAAAUUGCUGCCGCUUCCAAUGAAUGAGAGUCAUGAGAUACGUGAGCACCCAGGUUGGCUGCCAGACAUUUCUAUUUCUAUAGCUUAACUGACAAAUCAAUACCUUUUUUACUAGCCACAUCUAUUUUUGCCCUUAACACAACGCAAUAGUCAUGAAGAUUCUGCUUUCUGAAUUGUCAUUUUAAAUCUACAUUUGAUAUUUAGCACCUUAAAUAUUUUUAUGAAAAGAUUCCCUUUUAGUUACAUAUUUAAAAAGCUAUGGAUUUUUUUUUUUUACAGUUCCUUUUUGUCUGAAUAUAAUUGGAAUACUUCUCAUAAUUUCAUUUUGGGUUUAAAUAUACUGAAUAACAAAAGGUAUGACCGUUUGAAAUUGAGCUGUUCAGAUUUGUGCCCUUCAGGAUAUGCUGCAGUAAUGUUUUAUCAGCUGGUAUUCUUCACGUGUGCUCUAAGUUGGUUUGUCUUUUUAUCGUUGUUAUGAAACAAAAACACAUUUGUAAUGUAAUGACUGCUGUUGUAAGAUGCGUAACAAGGAGAUUUUUUAAAUAUACAAGGGCGUUUUAUACUCUGACUUGUCAAAGACACUGGACUGUGAGUGUGUUUCCAAUAUUUACGACCUGCAGGAUAUACAUGAAUAAGCAGCACGGAAUUCAGCCUUUUUACACCCAUUACCUGAGGGUUGACAGGUUCGCCCUCACUCAAAGAGAUGGUGUUUAGAAAUAGCUCACUUUGUCGUCUCACUUAUCUUAUUUUUAAAAGACAGUUAAUUGAAGAAAACAAUAGAUUUUAACAUAGCUUUUCACGUGAUUCAUCAUUUUCAACUUAAUAUUUAAAUCAUUUUGGCUGUUAUGCGUGUACUGGCAAAUGGUGGGCUAUCUGGUUGUUAGGGUCAUUUGAAACCAAAGUGUGCAUUUUGGGGGUAAAUCCAACAUAAAAAGACAAUACAAAGCUAUUUCCAAAUUUCCCUGUUGAAUAGACAGUUUUGAGUUUUCAAAUGACAACAAAAUGAUUAUUAAAACUCCCAAAGGGAUACCACUCCAAUGCAAUUAAACAAUUAGUAACCACUUAGUUUAUUAAUUUUGCAUUCUUUUUUUAGCAGAACAUGGUUGACCCUGAAGUGACCUUUUAUAGUUAAUUGCAUAGCCCACUCCCACUUAUUCAACCUGAAAAGAGAUUUGCACUAAGUCGGUUUGUUUCUUUCUUGGAUAAAUAGCAAUAUACUUAAUUAAACAAACACGACCAAGAAAAACAAUGAAGAAAGCUGUCUGUGCACUAAGGUAAUGCUGUGUAAAAGGUGAUAUUUGAAAAGGAUUUUUUUCAUAGAUAAGUAUUGAAUAGCAAAGGUACAGAUUUAAAGCAUAUUACCUCUGGGAUGCAUUUGAAAAUAUUUGAUAAUAGGCACAUUCCAAGUAAACCAUCAACAGUGUCUGAGUCUUGGGCACAAGAGUCUUUGAAUGUUUCCUCUGGGGGAUGUUUUUGACAGAUAGAACUGUACCCAAACACUCUUUGUGCACUCAGUCAACAAACAGAUGGAGAGUAAAAACCAAAAAAAAAGAGAAGAUAAUUACAUUGGCAUUGUGGGCAAAGUCCUCUUCACCUCUCUGGCUUGGACAUUAGUCCAGCCUUCCAAAGAAUUCCACUCCACACAAAUAUAUUGGACAUAGUUACCUGUAUAGAAAUAGCUUGAGGGAGUGACAGAGGAAAUCAUAUAGAUAUUGCUAUCUUCAUUAUAAUUAAUCAUAAAAAAUUAAGUAGCAAUAGUAUCUAUCACUUUAUCUCAGCUUUGUGGUGUUGUUGAAAGACCGUGUUGCAGUUUAAAUCUGUCAUGUGUUAGAGGAAGCAUAAGUAUGUGCCUUGUAAUUUUUCUCGGUGAGCUUGUUAUUGUUGAAAAGCUGAAGCCAGCCAAUUGUGUUUGCACUAAAACCAAAUGCUUUUGUGGUGUAGAGUAUUUAAGCAAGCACGUUACGUCACUUUAACGGUAUGCAUGAGUGUAAAAUUGGUAAGUCCCAGGGCUAGAGCACUCAUCUGUUUAUCAGUGCGUCUUAUAAAAUCCCCUGAAAAUAUCUCUGCUUUGUUCCGUGUUGCUUUACGGUUUGAUACCAUUCCCUUUGUCUUUGCAAUCACUUGCAGACAUGGUCCAUAAAAAACACAUAAAAAAUGAAAAAGGUAAUCUUUUAAGUCAACUAUUGUUUAUUCGUAACCUGAUUGAACAGUUCUAAUGCACAGAAAACAAAAAAAGUAUUUAAAUUUGUAUUUAUUUUUUAUUGAAAAUCAUUAUCUAUGGAUGAUGUAUGAGGUCGCCUCGAGACUAUUGGCCAGUCUGUUUUGGUUAUUUUUGUUAAGUUUUUAAUAUUUUCCUUGAGGAAAUAAAUAAGAGGAAAAUGACAUAGAGAUAUACAUGCUUUGUGUAUGAAAUGCACCUUAUUCAUGCUGAUCUGAAAGAUUGGCUGUGUGAUAUCUAAUUUAGCACCUUACUACACAGCAUGUUUUCACUUUACUGUGUACUUGGCGUUGUGCAACAUUAUGCCUGGUUUACUAUACUGCCAUGCAUAUUAUGUAAAAAAUAAAAAAUAAAUCUUUAUUUUUUGGAAAAUAAUUAAAGGGAUGUGCCAAAGUUUUUGAGGCGAUCUCCCAAGUUUUCUUUCAUAGUAUUUUUAUUCCCUCCAGGCUUAGUUAUAACAUUGGUAUGAUGUUUCCCAUAAUAACCUGUUAGAAGACAAUUUAUUUUAGUUGACAGUAUUCUUACUUGCCAUUUACAGUUUGCCCUGUAUUUCACGUAUAUUUACCAGUGAUGUGUAUUUGUUAUUAUAAAGAAAGUAGCUGUAAUGCUUCAUUAUGUUACAUAUUAUUGUGACUUUUUCAAAAAAAAAAAAAUACUGUGAAGACUUAUCUUGCAUAUACUUUAUACAGAAGUAUUAAGCCUUAAUACAAAAGACUAAAAAAAAAAACCCUGUGUGGAAGAAUAAACUGAUUGUUGCUAAGUAAGGAGGAUUUUUUGUAAAUGUUACCAGCACUUUUUUUUUUUUUUUUGUAAUUUUCACUUUCUGAGGUAUUGUACAAGUUCACGCUGUUUGUGAAGUUUGAAUAUGAAGGAAUAAAAACUCUAGUACUUUCCUGUA